GUAACUUAUUUCCCCCUUUGGGCGGACUGCUCUUUCUGGGUAGCGGCGAUCUUCACCGCCGGAUCAGCAGUCUGGGUCAUCAAUGGUUUUCUUCUUUUCCUUCCUCUGGUUCAGCCGAGCGUGCCAGUGUACUCUACCGCGGCGGGAGCACUCGCAUUUGUUGGAGGGACGCUCUUCGAAGCCGGCGGGUGGCUCAUGCUCGUCGAGGCGACCAAUACGGGUCACGAGCAGAUGUUCGUAGGCCCCCUCAGCUCGUAUCUCCGGUGGAGGAGACCUAGCGAGGAAGAGCUACUCGAGUCCCAGGCGCAUAGCGGAGAUGAGGCGGACGAGAAGCACGGUGCGAGCUCCAAAGCCAAGUUCGUCUGGUUCGCCAAGCCUAUGUGGAGGGAUAUUGGCUACCUCGCUAGUUUCAUCCAAUUUAUCGCCGCUACUAUCUUCUGGGUGUCAACGAUUGUGGGCCUACCUGGAGUCAUACCGACGCUGUUUACAGACCCGCCCGUCGUGAUCACGGACAUCUUCUUUUGGACCCCACAGGUUCUUGGUGGAUUUGGGUUCGUGGUGAGCAGUCUAUUGCUGAUGAUCGAAACCCAACGCGCAUGGUACCUUCCCAACCCGCUCUCCAUCGGCUGGCAAGUCGGUUUCUGGAAUCUGGUCGGUGCAGUCGGUUUCUUGCUGUGCGGUGCAUGGGGCUACUUAAGCCUUGACGUCCCUUGGGAAAACUUCGAGAGUACAUGCGCGACGUUCUGGGGCAGCUGGGCGUUCUUGAUUGGCAGCGCAAUACAGCUGUACGAGACACUCUGGCGGGAGGAACCGGAGUAG